CCGCGGAAGGGCGGCUCUGGCGCCGGGGGGAGGCUCCGCGGUCGCUCGGGGGAGCUCGCGCCGGUAGCGGGAGGGGGCCCGGGGGAGGCGGCGCUCUGGCCGGCGAGCGGCGGAGGCGCGAGGGGGCGGCCCCUCCGGCCGGACGACUCGGUGGUGCCGAGGCCCGGAAGCGGCGUUCCCCGAGGCCGGGCGCGGAAUGGCGGAGAGUCCGGCCGCCGAGGAGGCGGCCCCGGCCCCGGCUGCGGUGCUGGCGGCGGGCGGCGGCGGCGGUGCCUCGGCCGGCCCCGGCGGCAGCGCGGGGAGCCCCGGCGUCUUCAUCCCCGCCGAGCUGUGGGCGGCCGCGGGCUUCGGCGCCGCUCCGGCCAGCGCCGGCGUCGCCCCGGGGAGCGGCGGAGCCCCCAUCGCCGCCGCGGCCGCAGCCGCGGGCGCCGCGCUCCUCACGCACUCCGCCUUCUGGGACCCCACGGUCAGCGGCGACUGGGACAGCGAGCGGCCCAGCCCGGCCUGCCUCCUGCGGAUCAAACGGGAUAUCAUGUCCAUUUACAAGGAACCACCCCCAGGAAUGUUUGUUGUGCCUGAUCCCCAUGACAUGACCAAGAUUCAUGCAUUGAUCACAGGCCCAUUUGACACGCCUUAUGAAGGGGGUUUCUUCUUGUUCCUGUUUCGCUGUCCUCCAGAUUAUCCUAUCCACCCACCAAGGGUCAAACUGAUGACAACAGGAAAUAACACAGUGAGGUUUAACCCCAACUUCUACCGCAAUGGGAAAGUCUGCCUGAGUAUUCUAGGCACUUGGACCGGGCCCGCAUGGAGCCCAGCACAGAGUAUCUCUUCGGUCCUCAUCUCCAUCCAGUCUCUGAUGACUGAGAACCCCUAUCACAAUGAACCCGGCUUUGAGCAGGAGAGGCACCCCGGGGACAGCAAGAACUAUAAUGAGUGUAUUCGGCAUGAGACCAUCCGAGUAGCAGUGUGUGACAUGCUGGAAGGAAAGUGUCCCUGUCCUGAGCCACUACGGGGUGUAAUGGAGAAAUCCUUCAUGGAAUACUACGACUUCUAUGAAGGGGUGUGCAAAGAGAGACUUUAUCUCCAAGGUCAGACAAUGCAGGAUCCUUUUGGUGAAAAACGAGGCCACUUUGACUAUCAAUCCCUAUUAGUCCGUUUGCAAGGAAUUCGGCAGAAGGUGCAAGAGAAACAUCAGCAGGCAAAUACAGAAAUAGACUCUGAGAGCAGCUCCUCUGAGACAGAGACAGACGCUCAAAGUUGCUCCAAAGCCUAGAGCUGCGUUACCAGUGGAGAGGCCAAGCUGUGGGAAUGUUGUCUUCAUGCUAGAGUACCCCUGACAGACUCAAUAACCAAACCAAUGCCAGAGUGGAGAAAACUACAGGAUGUCUUCUUCUGUCUCCUUUUACUGCUCUGGUGGAUAACGCUGAAUGAGAAGACUUCAUGCUAGACAAAGCCAAGCUUGUGACAGGCUACUCUUAAAAGGUACUUACUCUGAUAGAAAGCCGGAGCAUGUGGCAUCAGGUUAUUUUUUGAAAAUAUCUACACUGGUUAUUUUUUUGUCUCCAUUUGAUUAAAGAAUGAGAUCUAGACUGCGACUCCUCUUUACAGCUUUUCUGUUCCUAGACAGUGAGCCCUUCCCUGGGGCCAUGCUGAAUACAGAGCUGUAGCGGUGGGAGUGCUCUGAUGAGUCUGGGGUGUGACAGGGCCCAGGCACUAUGUGCCUGGAUGAAACCUUUUUCCGCAGGUUGGGAGAGAUGGAGCCUCUGCUCUGUUGAGCCCAUCUACCUAAUGUCUUUCUUCUAGAUGCUGUUCUAGACAGACCAAAGAUAAAGAGCAGUGGUGGAAUCUGGGCUCCUAUCUGAAGGCUUUACACAAGCCCUGGGUGACUUUGUCCACUGAGACUUUAGGCACAAAGGGUAGGAUGAAAAGUGGAAACUGCAAGAAUCCAUUAAUUGAAUGCAGAUGUGUUCAUCCUGGUGUUUUGAGAAAGGGAGAGUGAGAAAAACAUUGGUUCAGAGAUGGGGGGGGGCACUAAAAAUAAAUCUACUUUGUCUAAAUCUUUAAGGUUUUGAUUUGAAUUUAGUAUUCUAGAAAUACUUUAUUCUGGCUGCUCUGUUUGGAGCUGUUCCUUAACUGAAGUAAUUCUCACUUUCCACCUCUCUAGUCAAUGUAAUAUUUUAUUUUCCUCUCCCUUUCUUUACUACCACCUCUCAUUCCCCACUGCUACCUUGAUCCAUCAGAUUGAAAUGCUAGAAUAAGGGGCAAAAUCUAGCUAAGGAAGCCACUGUUUCUGGGUGGAGCUUUUCAGAGGUGUACACCUAGUUACUGACUGAAAUUCCUUUGCCAAACUUGGCUGAGUACAAGCUAGACAAGUGUUGUAAAGUUAACACUUCGGUGCUUUGAAUGUUUUAGACAGCAGCUUUUUACUGCCAGGGGCAAGUGUGUCAGAGAAGUAUCUGCUAGCUGCGAGUACAGUUACAGCAGAGAUGUAUUCAGUGCAAGUUGGUUGGAGAAUAAAUACAAACUUUCUUCAGGUAAAAGAUCCUGGUGAUGAUUGAUUGCAGUAGUAAAAUGUUUCAUUAAUAAAUAGCUUAAUCUACUUUUUUUCAUAGGAGCUUUGAUAGAAAGCACAAAGUUGCACAUUAUCCUAGGCCCUCUCCUUAAACACCUUCCACCAGUGUGGCUCUAUUUCAGGCUCCCAGUGGUGGUGGGAGAAUGUCCAAUGGUCAUCCUUGUGUUUUGUUUUUUUAAGAAAACACAACCAUAGAAGGAAAGGUCAGAAAACCCCUGCCAUGCAAUGUACAAAAAGGCAAUGUCCCAUACAUCACUGAAUUAUUUAAUUAUUUUCAGUCUCUGAUUUAUAUCAACUCGUGUAGAAGUCUGAAGCCUGCACAUUGCUCCUUAAGCAGCUCUGAUAAGCUAAAAGGUGGAAACAUUUCUGAACUGUAAGUGUGCCAUUUAACAACUUGGGAACCUUUCCCUUUUAGCAAGCAACACCCCCAGGGUCUGUCAUUGGUAUGAGUCUGACUUAAACCCUGUCUUCCCUCAAGGGAAAGCUAAACUUACAUAGGACUCACUCAACACAUACACCAGGUGAGAGUAAAUAAAGCUGUGUUCACCUUGAAAUAAGGUCUCAGGAGGCAGCAGGAUCUCCUGGGAAGUCAUGAGCUGUAUGCUACUCUUCCGCCUCUGUAAUUCCAUUGUAAAUGUCACAUUGUUUGUCACCAUUCAGUAGCAUUGUGGAUAGAGCUGUGACUCUGCUGCCUUCUAAAGGCAGAGCUGGUUCUGAAAUCUGUUUGUGAUGCAUGUGGCGUUACCAUCCACUGAUACAACAAAACAAGAAAAUGCCUUAUUGUGGACACUAUUCACAUAACUAGCAUGUGGCUGUAAAAGAGAAGUAUUAGUUUUAUAGCUCUAAUGUUGUCUGUCCUACCAUUUCUGAAUGUUUCCAUUUCAAAGUGACAAUCCUCAAAUGACUGCUCUAGGCAGAGAUGUUUUAGCAACAGAUUUUUAGACCUAAUUGAGUUGAAAUAUAUGCACAAGAGUCACUCUAAGAUACCUUGUUUAUAUACUAUUGUACAUAAGAUUUUUUUUUUGUGCAAUAAAGUUUGUUUUGGCAGAAUCUA